AUAAUCGAUAAUCAAUCAUUAAUCAAGCCAUAAUGUUAGCUUCAUGACGAGACAUAUAUAUUAUAUGCAAUAUUUCUUCACGUUCAUGUGACAUAUAUACUUUGCAAUCAUGCAAAUUACACCCUCGAAUAAAAUUACUAAUAAUAGUACUAACAUGCAAAUUAAUCGACUCCAGCUGCAACAAUAUUCUUUUGAAAUAUAUAAUUGGCUCCACUAUAAGUAAGGGAGAGUUUCUUAGCAAAUUUCAUCAAUUGAUCAUAUUAACACCUCAAUUUUUCUAUCAACUGAAGAACGUAGAUAGAGAAAAUGAGGUGCACCUCUUCAUCGUUAGUCUUGGCUCUUGGGCUCAUUUUGGUGACCCUUGUUAGCGCAUGUCACGGGGAGCAAUUGUACGUAGGCUACUACAAGAGAAAGUGCUGGAAAUACAACGUUGAAGAAAUUAUUUUCAACGUAGUUAAGGCUAAAUUUGCUAAGGAUCCAACUAUUGUGGCUGGUCUCAUCCGAUUACAAUUCCAUGAUUGCAUCGUUAGGGGAUGUGAUGCAUCAGUAUUACUAGACGGACCAAAAACGGAAAAAACAGCAAAUCCAAAUCAAAGCCUUAGAGGCUUUUAUGUUAUUGAUGCUGCAAAGGCAGCUUUAGAGAAGGCUUGUCCCGGGGUUGUUUCUUGCGCUGAUGUGCUUAAUAUCGCAGCUAGAAGUGCUGUCUUUUUGGCUGGAGGUAAAUGGUAUUACGUAGAAACAGGAAGACGAGAUGGUCUUGUUUCACAUAAAAGUGAAGCUCUUGCAAAUCUUCCAUCAGAGAACAUCCCAGUACGUGACGCUGUAAAUCUAUUUGCUUCAAGAGGACUAAGUAAGGAGGACUUCGUUGUUCUUCUAGGAGCACAUACUGUCGGAACUACACAUUGUGACAAAUUUGAAGAUCGUCUAUACAACUAUCACAACACUGGUAAGCCAGAUGCAAGAAUGAAUACCGAUAUGCUCUAUGCCUUAAGAAAAAGAUGUCCAAACAAGAAAGGUCAUAACAACAACGUGUACUUUAGUUAUAAUCCAAGAAGUCAUUAUCGCAUGGACAAUACCUACUACAAGCAAUUAUUAGUAAACCAAGGAAUUCUUGGUGUUGAUGCAAAUAUAGGAAGCUCUCCACUUACCAACAGUAUUGUGAAAAAGCUAGCCUAUGCUCCAGGUUACUUCGACAACAAGUUUGGUCCAGCCAUGGUUAACAUGGGAAGAAUCGGCGUUUUAACAGGGAAGCAAGGAGAAAUUAGAAAGUAUUGUGGUGCUGUUAAUUACCGCAAGCAUUGAUACUUACCAUUUCUUUUGUUCAUUUCGGAAGAGAGUUCACUAGUUCAUAUAUAUGAAUGACAAUGUAUGAUUUAUUGGUUUUUUGCUGUCAUAGUUGUGUAUGUUUUUUUACGUAGGCUUCCUGGAAAUAAGCAAUACAAACUGGGAGGUGUUUUCCUGUGGAAUAAAUUUUGUACUUAAUACUAAAUCUGUUUUUAUUUAGUUGC